UUUUAUGUUCCAUGGCUGUUAUGUGCCUAUGUGGUUAUGUUUUUGUGGUGUUUUUGCUGAUGAGAAUGUGCGGGCUUUUGAGCGUUUUUGCGUUCCGCUGAUUUCUAUUUGAAUAUUUCAUAAUUUCCUGGACAUUCCAGAAUAUCCACCGACUCCUGACCAAAAUUAACUUAGGGAUUCUUUUGUUGUCUGAUUUUUAAGAGAUGGAAGACCGUCCUCUACCUCGAGGUCGAGGAGCCCUGAUACAAGAAUUACUAAGGAAACGCGAGGAAGAGAGAACUAUAGGGGGAAGGCCCGACCCCCAAGAGCAACCCACAGAGGCGCCAAAGCCCCGCGGUAGGGCUGCGCUCUUGAAAAAGAUUCAAGAGAAAAAGCAGAAGUUAGUAGGUGCAGCAGACUCCUCUGUAAGUGCUAUAGAGCCUUCUACAUCUGGAACUCAGGCUACAACUUCGAUUGCAUCGCCAGCACCAAGUACAACUAGUAAAGAGAUUCAAGAGGUGACAGAAACCCUCUCGCAAGUUUCUUUCCAAGAACGCGAAACAGUAUUCUAUAAAGGUGAAACUGGAAAACCACUCAGAGCAUCAUCAAAUUACAUCAGACUUAAUAUUCAGAAAGAUGGUGGUGUUUUUGAAUAUGAAGUCCAGUUCAAUCCAGAUCUUGAUGCCAAGAAUCGACGCGUGAAGCUUGUCUCUACAGUUGUGAGGGAGCAGUUGGGAGGUAUUCCGAGGGUAUUCGACGGUGGUAGCGUCCUCUACCUACCCAAAAAGAUAACAGAUGCAUCGCAAAUGUUCACAGCUACAAUACCCGGCCCUGAUGGAGAUCAAACACUGUCUUGCACCUUCAUAUACAAAAAAAAGAAAUCUCAUGCAGACAGAGAAUGCCUACAUCUGUAUAACUGCCUGUUCAAAAGAAUCAUGUAUAUUCUGCUGUACACGCAGAUGGGAAGGAAUUACUAUGAUACGCAUCAUGGGUCUUUGAUCCCGCAACAUAAACUUGAGGUAUUUCCUGGAUUUGCUGUGACUGUGGAUGAAUUAGAGGAUGGUCUGAUGUUGUGUCUUGACACUCAACAUCGUGUUUUGAGGACACAAACUGCAUAUGAUCUAUUCAACGAACUCAGAGCGGUAGAUCCUAGAAGAUUUAAGGAGAUGGCUAAUAGUAGUAUCAUAGGAUCCUGUAUACUGACUAAAUAUAACAACAAAACGUACACUGUCCACGACAUCGCUUGGGAUAUGAAUCCAAUGGACACGUUUCCUACCAGGGACGGAGGUUCCAUCUCUUUUGUGCAAUACUACAAGAACCAAUACGACAUUACCAUAAAAGAUACAGAGCAGCCGUUGCUGAUCAACAGGAAAAAUGUAUCACAGUCCGGAAGCAAGGAGAAAGUGGAGAAAAUCGUUUGCCUAAUUCCAGAAUUGAGUAAUAUGACAGGGUUGACUGACGAGAUGAGAUCUGACUUCAAAGUGAUGAAAGACGUUGCGCAAUAUACCCGGAUAACUCCGAAUCAGCGAAUUAACGCGCUCAGAACUUAUCUGGAAAAUAUCAAAAAAUCUCCAGAGGCGCAGAAGGUUCUCAGUGAUUGGGGACUCGCUAUUGCUCAAAAUCCUAUCGAUUUACAUGCUAGGCAGCUUGAUAAUGAAAUCAUCUAUUUCGGCAACAAUCAGGUGCAGACCAAUAACAAUGCUGAUUGGAAUCGGGCUGUAGGAGAAAAUAAGGUAACAGGCCCGGUAGAUAUUUUCAACUGGAUAGUUUUCUUCACGGAUAGAGACGCAAAGAACGCGCAAAUGUUCGCUCAGACCAUGAUGAAGUUGGCCCCAGUCAUGGGCUGUCGUAUCAACCAACCUAGACCGAUAAAAUUACCCAAUGACAGAACAGAAACGUACAUGACUUAUUGUCAAGAGAAUAUUGAUAAAAACACACAGAUUGUGGUGUUCAUAUGUCCAACGAUGAGAACAGACCGUUAUUCUGUCAUAAAGAAGAUAUGCUGCACUCAAAUCCCGGUCGCCUCGCAAGUAAUCAAUUCCAGAACUUUGGGCAAUCCUUCAAAGGUUAGAUCUAUCAUACAGAAAAUUGCACUACAAAUGAACUGCAAGUUGGGUGGAACUUUGUGGACUGUUCGAUUCCCCUUCAAAGGUUGGAUGAUUUGCGGAAUCGACGUAUAUCACGGCAGCAAAAGUGAGAAAACGUCCGUCUGCGGAUUUGUGGCCAGCAUGAAUGAGACCGUUUCGAGAUGGUUCAGUUUGGCAAAGUUUCAAGACAAAGAAUUGGGCGAUUAUCUCAAAGAAACUUUUAUAAAAGCACUGGAUAGGUGGAAGAUGGAAAAUGGCUCGUUUCCAUCCAAAGUUGUGGUAAUUCGUGAUGGUGUAGGAGAUGGUCAGUUAGAUCAUUGUAAACGCUAUGAAAUCGAGCAGUUGGAGGGCGUUUUAAGAGACCUGGAAUUACCAGUACAAAUAUGCUUCAUAGUAGUACAAAAACGUAUCAACACCCGUAUAUUCACCCAAGGUAGGGAAGGUUACGAGAAUCCUCCCCCCGGGACCAUUAUAGAUUACGAUAUCUCUCGAAAGUAUCUACGGGACUUUUUCCUGGUACCGCAGAACGUUCGACAGGGAACAGUGAAUCCCACACACUACAUUGUUCUUCAUGACACAAUUAACUUGAAGCCUGACCACACACAGCGAUUGUGCUACAAGCUGUGCCAUUUGUAUUAUAAUUGGCCGGGUACCAUUAGAGUACCAGCUCCAUGUCAGUAUGCUCACAAGUUGGCCGCUUUAGUGGGACAACACAUCAAAAAGACUCCUAGUGCUGUAUUGAAUGAUAGGUUGUUUUAUCUCUAAGGAAAUGGAACAGAAAAGUGAUAAUGUUGGAGAGUAUAUUUUUUUGUUUUUGUAUUUCACUGUGUUGAACUGACUUACCUAGAAAUAUGUCAAUAUGAAUGACGAAUACAGUAAUAUUAUACUUGGCUUGACAAACAAGAAUUGGUCAAAUCUGGAACGCUUUUUAUUUUAAAAGGCAUUUUUAUGAUGAUUGACUGUUUUUCACGACAUCUCGUAGUGAAUGGAGCGCUAAAUUUUUGCUCUAAGCUUCUUGAUAAACUUUGAAUCCGCAAUAAAAAGACCGAUCGUUUUUUGUGUAAUGUAUGGUAUCAAUAAUAUUUACCGUUUGAUAUGACAUGUGCGGUUGCUAUAUCCACGAUACCCGUAUAGUCUUCUCCCUCGUUACUUAAAAUCAGGUGGACCUGUUCCUCCAUUUUCUUGAUUUAUGAUUUGAUAAUUUCACUCACAAAUUUUCAAUUGAAGCCUUUGGUGCAAACAGCCGUUAACUUAGAUUUUAUAGUUUGUAGAUAAUUGGCCUCAAAGUUUAAAUCCUGACGCUUUUAUUGUGUUAAGACUGCUUUUAUUAUUGAAGGUUAUUUUACACACAAAUAAGAGUAUCUCGAAUAGACAGUUUUGUUGAAAAAGUUGUUUUUAUUAUCAGAAAUUUGAAAAAGAUUGUUGAAAAUCUGACUUAACACCUUUUUAAAAAACUGUUAUUUGCUAGGACCGGAAAACGAAAGUCGCAGAAAGGUGUUGAUUGAAUGAUGUUAUUUAUUAAAAGUAAAGAUUGUUCUUUUUUCUUCUUACAAACUCACAAAAGUAAUAACAAAUAAUCCACGCAGUAACUAAUCGUUUCCUCUUUUUAAAUUUUGAUGAAACCUCUAAAAUUUGCUGGUAUUAAAGGAAUUUGUUCCUGGAUGUUACCAAACUUUUUGGCCCCAAUUUUCUACUCUUCUAUCGAGAUUUCGCUGUUUUCUUAUAUCAAUAAUAUUCCAAUUUUCAGUUUCGUUAAAAGAGUAUCUGUACUUGGUUACACCAAAUUCUUCAAUCUGGAUCAAUCUUACAACUCUGAAUGAAAAUUUCUCAUUACUUGUUGUCUAAGUUCAACAAAUUUGAAUGAACGUUGAAAUAUUGCUCGAGUGUGAGACUGUUUAGUUACUACCUCAAAAUGAUUGAUACCAACAUAAAAUGUGUAGGAUGUAUAUAAUUUCGAAAACGAUAUACUUUUUAGGAAGUAUUAGUGCCUUCUGUUUGUGAUAGGAAAUGGGAUAUACUUUAGCAAAAAGCACUUAUACACAUAUAUAUAUGAGCAGUAGUCAUUGCCAUUGCCAACGACCAGUUAGGCAAAAAAUACAAUUAAUUGUUAAUUGGGAAUUUGUCAAACUUUUUUAAGCUUUAGUAAACUCUUUUAACGGUAAUCUCAAGCUUUCGGCGAUUCUGUAUGGAGCCUUCUUCAGGAGCUGAAAACACAAUUAUGAUGCUAGCAACUAAUACAGGAAAGAUUUAAAUUGUAAAACAACUUACUCGUCGUUGAGGUUGCAGCCAAAUGGUGUUUCAAAACGAACGCGGGGAUAAGAACACUUGUUACAAAUAUAAAACCAAUCGGACGGACACAAUGUGCUUAUUGAUAACGACGGAAACCAUCAUUAGGUGUUAACACUUUAUAUAAAUACAUUAUAUUAAAAAUUAACGAAAAGCAAUUUUGGGGACAAAAACCGGAACGUCCCUUCUAACCUCCUACAUCUGCUUCACGUGGAGAAGAUCAGCGGUCCGGAAGAAUGAUGCAACCUCAACGACGAGUAAGUUGUUUUAAAAUUUAAAUCUUUCCUGUUUUGGUUGCUAGCAUCAUAUAGUCGAAAUCACGAAAGAUGACGGUUACGUCAUCAUUUUAGUCUGUAGUAAAGACAAACGUCAGCGAUUUGUGAAUAUUUUUAAUGAAGUUUCAGAUACGUUAGACAGAGACAAACAGAAUUUUAUUGUCUAAACAAGCUGUAUUGCUAAUUUCCAUGUAUCCGAUAAAGAUAGACGAUAUUUUCAUGUUGCAUGAUCGAUCAUAUUUGAAAGAUGAAUAGUUGGGUUAUGUUAAAGCAGGUUAGGUUGUUUCCGAAUAAUACUUUUUUAUUUGGUGCUCCUGUCAAGGUAUUCUACUCAUCUGUUUUUUUUUCAUAACAAAAACUAAAAUUAUUAUUAAGGUGUUACUCAAAACCAUGAAAUAAAAUGAAAAUAAAAAUAAUCAGUGAAAUAACCUAACUUCGCAAAAUCAUAAUGUAAAUGUGUCAUUAUUUUCCUGACAUCGUGAUUUUAUCAUCGACGUACGUCCAUUGAUUACUUCAGUACAAUUUAUGGUAUGACGUAAUAGUCAUCUUUCGUGAUUCUGACUAUAAAUGUGUUUUCAGCUCCUGAGGAAGGCGCCAUAGAGAAUUACCGAAAGCUUGAGAUUACCGUUAAAAGUGUUCAUCACUAAAGCCUAAAAAAGUUUGCCAAUUUCCCAAUUAACAAUUAAUUGUAUUAUAUAUAUAUAUAUAUACAGGGUGUUCCAUAAUUAUUGCGACAAAAUGAUAGUGGUUGUAGAGGGCAUCAAAAUAAACAAUUUUGCCUUAUACACCCCUGUUCGGAAAUAUGCCGUUUGGGCUGCAGCAAAAAAAAAAGAUCAGUUUCUUGAAACAGCUUACCUACAGUAAUUGCUCAAAGUGUCCUCCACCUUGCUCAAUACACAGCUGUGCAUGAUUGUUCAAUGAUCGGCGAACUCUGUGGCAUACCCCCGGUAUGUCCUGAACAUGUGCGGACGCGGCCAUCACUCUUCCCAGUAGCUCUUGUUGGUUGGGAACAGGAGUUUCGUACACUAAAGCUUUCAGAUGGCCCCAGAGAAAAUAAUCCAGUGGGGUCAGGUUGGGUGACCGCGCAGGCCAAGGCACAGGGCCACCUCGGCCUAUCCACCUAUUUGGAAAUUUGUCGUUCAAAUACUGCCGCACUUGUAAAGAAAAGUGGGCUUGAGCGCCAUCGUGUUAAAACCACAUGUUGGCUCUUAUGUUCAGUGGCACAUUUUCUAAUAGUUCCGGUAGCACAUGCUGUAAGAAUCGACCAUAAGCAUGCCCAUCCAAACGUGGUGGAAGCAAAUAUGGCCCGAUCAUAUGCUCGUCCACAAUGCCGCACCAGAUGUUAAUUGAAAACUGAUGUUGGUCCCUAUGGAUGGCUAUGGCAUGAGGGUUUUCUUCAUGCCAAAUGUGACUGUUACGGCUAUUAAAAUAACCGUCCUUUGUAAAACAGGACUCGUCAGUGAACAAAACGUAGCGACCAAAGUUUGGUUGCCUCAACUCCUGCUGCAGCCACCAACGACAAAAACGUCGACUCGGCAGAUAGUCUUCUGGACCCAUGGCUUGGACUUUUAAAAGGUGGUAUGGGUGUAGUUGCAGGUCAUGGAGAAAUUCUACUGUGCGCCUCGUGAAGGGCCGCCCUGCUCACGCGAGGCGUCUGAUGCUGCCACUGACACGAAGACGUCCAUGAAUCCAUGCAAAAAUGGCGUGAUGCGUAUGAGGACGUUCUGGAAACCGUUAGGCGUAGAUUUGCGAGGCUCGUCUUCCGUUACCACCAGCUUCUCCGUAAAUUAAAUGCAUAUCCGCAAGUUCCGCAUACGAAUAACGCUACAUUUUAACACAAAGGUACUGUUAUUUACUAUCUAGUUUGACGCACCACUCAGAUAAAUUAAAUGAAUCGGUGUGGAGAAUUUACGAUAACAAAAAUGUAAACACAGCAGGCUUUUUUUACAAACCGGCGAGACCGUGAAAUGUGCUAGACGAACAUUUUGCAGCUGGUGAAUUCUUUGUUUCUCCUAUGAGCUCUUAAGGUAAAAUUAGCGGUAGUGCUCAAACGGCAUAUUUACGAACAGGGGUUUAUAAGGCAAAAUUGCAUAUUUUUAUGCCCUCUAUAACCCCUAUCAUUUUGUCGCAAUAAUUAUGGAACACCCUGUAUAUAUGUUUAGCUAUAUAGUUUCUCGUAUAUACGCAUUUAUAUUUUUGCGUUUUGGUACCAAUUAUUCCAAAUUAUUUACAUCCUGUGUAUGCUGUUAUCAAUGUGUAUGUGUCGGAUACAAUUACUGAUAAUACUUUCCCUGAAAAUAUGUUGAUUUCCCUUUCGUUUAUUUUGUUACCCAUCAGUAAUUGUAUCAAGUAUGUGUGCUAGUGAUGUUUCUUUUUCUGUAAUUUUAAAGCUACAUAACAUUUUCUGUGAAAAUGUCCAUAUAUUUCAUAUCAAGAAAAACUUUUAGUUGGUAGAUAUAUUUUUGCUCGUUUUGUUUCUAUGUUUAGGAGUCCUGUAAAUGCCAAGGUUUAGUUCAUAAGUUCUUGUUAAUUAUAUCACAUAAAUGGAGUAUUUUUAUAUUUUAUAAUAAAAUUGACAAACAGAUGUUAA